CGGCGGAGGUGGAUUGUUACCCGGCUUCUGAACAUGCGGCAGGUCGAAUUGACGUCAGGUCUCGCGUUUCUGAGCCUGAAGGCAGUUAUAUGAGGCUACUUUGCUGUUCUGGCUAUUCUUCUUUGCUUGAUAUCCUGUACUUAGAAGCCUGCUCAAGUUUGCUUUGACGAGAAAUAUACUGGCAAGGACGCUGCUGCUGCAAUAGACACUGCAUACAAGAGACGUCUUCUGAGUUUAGUCGCGCGGCGCAUUAAAACCAGGUCUUAAAAUUGUCUUUUUAUCGUUCGAUAUAUCCGGCUUUUCCCAAGACUCUAGCCCGAUGGACCCUUCGAGCAUAGACUGGUCGGUGAGAAUGCUAGUACGGACGAUAAAGAUACUAUCCGCAACAGGCGUCAGCUGUGUAGGCGCGCUCGCCGUCAUCCUGUACUUUGCGCAGUCGGCACUGAUAUACCCCAGCAACAUCCCACCCGGCAGCCGGACCGAGGUGCAGACGCCCAAGAGCUACGAUCUUCCGUACGAGGACGUGACGUUGGAGACCGAGGACGGCGAGAAGAUCAAGCUGUUUGUUAUGAAGCAGACGGAUCCCGAGCUGAGAUUGAACGGGCGGACGGUCAUAAUAUGUUGCGCGAAUGCGGGGAACAUGGGUCACCGCUUGCCAAUCGCGUCUGCGUUUUACAAAAUAUUGCAGUACAAUGUGAUUCUGUUCUCUUACAGAGGAUACGGACUGAGUACGGGAAAGCCAAACGAGGUGGGCUUGAAAAUUGAUGCCGAGACAGUAUUCAAACACGUCAAGGCGGAUCCCGAGCUGAAAGACACCGGCAUUGUGCUCUACGGCCAGAGCUUAGGAGGUGCCGUUGCGAUAUACCUGGCUGACAAACACCAAGAUGAGGUCGCCGGCCUCAUUGUCGAAAACACAUUCCGCAGCAUUCCAUCUCUCAUCCCCUCCGUGCUACCGGUCGCGCGCUACUUUACGUUUCUAUGCCACCAGACCUGGCCGUCUGAAGAGCUUAUUUCGAAAAUCUCAAAUAUCCCGGUCCUCCUCCUCAGCGGUCUCAAUGACGAGAUUGUCCCGCCUUCGCACAUGAAAUAUCUAUACGAGCACUGCAGCAGUCCCAGCAAGGUCUGGAGACAAUUCGCAAACGCGACGCAUAAUGAAACGUAUAUGAAGGAUGGGUAUUGGACAUCUAUCAUUGACUUUUCUAAUGAUUUCAUGGAUAAGAAGACAUUGUAGUUGGUCGGAUGGCUUGAGAUAGACAGCGGCGGUAACUGUAUUUUGAUCUCUUUGGCAGAGAUUACUUUAUUUAAUCAUACAUUCUCCCCUUCAAACUUUCAUCAGCGCUGAAAUCUACGAAUUUCUGUAUGAUUACGGCCUACCUUCACGUUAUGCAGCUACAUCUCAUGAACAAACCCUUUUACUUAAUAGAAUGAUUCAAAGAUUCAAAGAGAUAAUUCAUUACAAAACGAAAUGAUA